CUUCCUUGCGCAGGCUAGUGUCGGCUGUCGCUAUAGCUGUAAUAAUUUGUAAACAUGUGAAGCUACCCUGUCAUGGACUCGGGGACAGACAGUGCUAGUUUGUUUACAAUAAACAUUCUGUAACUGAGGGCGAAAAGGUAGUGGGAAAUGGAAGUAACUGACUCAGUGAAGAUGGAGGGAUUUGAAUUUACAGCAGUGAAGAAUGAACGAGUUGAGGAUAUGGAAGCUGUUGAACCAGUAGCAUUCCAGGGAAUUGAUGAUGUGGAAGUGAAAGAAGAGAAAUUUGAAGAUGUCUCUGAACCUGAUACUGCAGAUGUGGAACAGGCACCAGAAACAGGCCACCCAUUGGAGAUGCUCCAAAUUGAAAUCAAAGAGGACGAAGCACAUGGGCCAAAAGAAAAAGUGUUAAACAAUGCAUGGGUACUGCAGAGAGCUUCUGGAAAGUGUAUUGAUAAAUCAAGGGAAGGUCUUACAAAUUCAAGUGGCGUUAUCAGUGUUGACAGUUUGCAACCAUCAGCCUACAUCUGCAAACGCUGUGGCGAGAUAUUUCCUGAUGCAAUAAGCUUGAGAAAGCAUUCUUUGAAUGAUAAAAGGAGACCAUUUCUGUCAGCCGGAGUGGAGACAUUCAAAAGCAUAGCAUUGGAGUGGUGGUUUUGUGAAAUAUGUCAAAAAAGAUUCAAAUCAAAAGAAUUCCUUACAGUACACCUGUCAGAACAUGCUACAGAAAUUGAGACAACUGCCUCAUCUGUGAGUGAAGAUGCUGAGGCUGAAGAACGCAAAUGUCAGCAGGUAAAACCACGCCCAUACAAGUGUGAAGUGUGUGGAAAAUCUUUCACUGAAUCAUUCAGAUUGGCAAGACAUGCAAAUUCACACUCGGGUGUGCAUCCAUAUAAAUGCAAUGUGUGUGGUAAAUCUUUCAGACAGUUAUGCCAUAUGAAGCGACAUGAACUUAUACACACUGGGGAACUACCAUAUAGUUGUGAUGUCUGCGGCAAAUCAUACAAUAGAUCUGACCGACUUGAGAGUCACAAACGCACACACACAGGGGAAGUGCCUUACUGCUGUGAAUUCUGUGGUAAAGGUUUUAAAGACCCUUGCAAUCUCAAGAGGCACAAACGUCAGCACACUGGAGAAAGACCAUACAGUUGUGAUAUCUGUGGAAGAACUUUCACUGUGUCUAUUCGUAUGAAGGAACACAGGAAAAUUCAUGAAAAAAAGAAAGUGUAUACUUGUGAUGACUGUGGUGGAACUUUUACAGAAUCUCGUGCUUUAACUGUGGUGAGACGUGAUGGAGAGAGAAAACGAAGUUGUGAAGUUUGUCGUAAACGGAGUGGUAAAUUUAGGAGACGUAGGCGAACAGGAAUGAUAGGACCAUUACCAACAUUUGACUGUGAAAAUUGUGGUAAAUCUUUUGAUAGGUUAAGUGGGUUGGAAAGACAUAAACGAAUGCAUACAGGAGAACGUCCCUUUGGUUGUGAACAUUGUGGCAGGGCUUUUACUCAGGCUAGAGGUUUGAAGAGUCACAUAUGUACUGAUACAGAAGGGCCUCCAUACAUCUGUCAAAUUUGUGGUAAAAGUUUUGACAUAUCCAGCAGUCUUAAGAAACACAACGCAAAGAAACACAAAAUGUAGUAUGUUUUUGAUACUUGUUCUAAGUUGUGAAUUUUUAAGCAGUAGUACAAAUAGUGGUGAAUCUAUGUUAUUGUGAAAUCAGCUUGUGAUAUGACUCUGAUUCUGCCGCCAUAUCCAUCUUGUGGUCUCCAUACUGACAGUUGGAGGAAUUCUGUAAGCGUCAGAAACUGAAAGAGCCCACCAAUAAAAAGAUUGGUGCUCUACAUUUGUGUUAACAUGCAAUAUUGUUCUUAGCUGUAAAAAGAAGUUGGUGGUAUACAGUCCACAGGGAUUGUGUUGCUUCAGUCUAUUAUGGUGGACCAGGAGAGGUGCUUGCAUUAACUUCUACAUUUUUGGGUCUUCAGAUAAUAAUAAAGUAAAACCUGUAAUUGAUCAAAAUGAUAGCUAACAUUAUAAACAUGUCUUAAAACAAAGUGUUUUAAUAAAGUGUAUGUUAUGGAAAAUUAUGCUGCAACUGGUUCAACAUAUUUGGAGAUAAAUUCUCACACUUUACACCAAAGUGCUGUCAGAUUUUUAAAAGAGGUUUCACUUUUGGUACUCUGUUUUAAGAUUUGUCAGUUGUAUAAACAGAAGGAUGAUUUGAUUUGAUUUAUUUUACUUUAUUAAUCCGUGAAACAAUUUACAUUGUAUGGAUUUCGUCAUUGAAUAAUAGACAAUUUAACAGUUUAAUUUGUUUCUUACACAAUAGUUGACAGUGAAAUUUUCUUAUAAUCUAAUUUACAUUUUUCAGGCUUCCUUUUUUAAUUCAAGUACUCCAUUACUGUAUAGUAACUUUCAUUUUGUGAAAAAUUUUUUAGUUUUUCUGUGAAGGAGGAGAUUGUCUCUAUGUCUUUUAUGUUUUGUGGUAAUUUAUUAUAUAAUUUGAUGACAUUGGACAGUAGACUCUGUUGCAUUUUAUCUUUAUUUUUUUCUAUCUAGAUGUAAAUUAUUGCAGUUCCUAGUUUUGUAACCAUGUACAGAACCAUUGUUAACAUAGUAUCCAAUAUUUUUUUAAUGUAUAUAACAUUCUGAAAAAUAUAUUCACAUGGGACAAUUAAGAUUUCCAGCAUUUUAAAAAGUUCAAGGCAGUGAGCCGUGUUGCCACUCUUGGUCAUUACACAUACUGCUCUUUUCUGCAAACUGAAUAUAGCUUUGAAAUUUUUCCUGUUCACUGCCUAGAAUAUUAUCCCAUAACUAAUAACAGAUUGGAUAUACAUCUACAUUUACAUCCGUACCCCUGACAGUGUGUGGUGGAGGGUACUUUGAGUACCUCUGUCGGUUCUCCUUUCUGUUUCAG